UGGUCCAAUAACCCGACUCCCUGGUCCUGCAUAUGCGAGCACGGGCGGCGGCGAUCAGCAUGCAAGGACUGCGGGGGGAGCAGCAUAUGCGAGCACGGGCGGCGGCGAUCAGCAUGCAAGGACUGCGGGGGUAGCAGCAUAUGCGAGCACGGGCGGCGGCGAUCGAAAUGCAAGGACUGCGGGGGGAGCAGCAUAUGCGAGCACGGGCGGCGGCGAUCGAAAUGCAAGGACUGCGGGGGGAGCGGCAUAUGCGAGCACGGGCGGGUCCGAUCAGCAUGCAAGGACUGCGGGGGGAGCAGCAUAUGCGAGCACGGGCGGCGGCGAUCGCUAUGCAAGGACUGCGGGGGGAGCAGCAUAUGCGAGCACGGGCGGCGGCGAUCGAAAUGCAAGGACUGCGGGGGGAGCGGCAUAUGCGAGCACGGGCGGCGGCGAUCGAAAUGCAAGGACUGCGGGGGGAGCGGCAUAUGCGAGCACGGGCGGGUCCGAUCAGCAUGCAAGGACUGCGGGGGGAGCAGCAUAUGCGAGCACGGGCGGCGGCGAUCGCUAUGCAAGGACUGCGGGGGGAGCAGCAUAUGCGAGCACGGGCGGCGGCGAUCGAAAUGCAAGGACUGCGGGGGGAGCAGCAUAUGCGAGCACGGGCGGCGGCGAUCGAAAUGCAAGGACUGCGGGGGGAGCGGCAUAUGCGAGCACGGGCGGGUCCGAUCAGCAUGCAAGGACUGCGGGGGGAGCAGCAUAUGCGAGCACGGGCGGCGGCGAUCGCUAUGCAAGGACUGCGGGGGGAGCAGCAUAUGCGAGCACGGGCGGCAGCGAUCAGCAUGCAAGGACUGCGGGGGGAGCAGCAUA